AUGGCUCCUGGGGGCAGUGCUUUUAAAGAAGUUCUCGAAGCUCAUUCCACAAUUGCAGAUUGUGACAUUGCAACGUCAAAAUCAGAAAAUAACAUUACACUAGCAAAAGGUACUGUCGGUCUGGGUGGAAAGGAUGGGGUUUAUUCAAACAGUGGUGUGCACGAACUCCUUGAGUGUCCUGUCUGUACAAAUUUAAUGUACCCUCCAAUUCACCAGUGCCCAAAUGGACACACUUUAUGUUCAAACUGCAAACUUAGAGUACAUAACUGUUGCCCUACUUGCCGCUAUGAUCUUGGAAAUAUACGGUGUUUGGCUUUGGAGAAAGUUGCAGAAUCAUUGGAGCUGCCCUGCAAAUACCAGAGUUUAGGAUGUCUUGAUAUUUUCCCAUACUACAGCAAGCUCAAGCAUGAGCAACACUGUCGAUUCCGUCCAUAUAGCUGUCCUUAUGCUGGUUCUGAGUGCUCUGUCACUGGUGACAUCCCUGCCCUUGUUGCCCAUCUCAAGGAUGAUCACAAGGUUGACAUGCAUGAUGGGUGUACCUUCAAUCAUCGUUAUGUCAAAUCAAAUCCACAUGAAGUUGAAAAUGCCACAUGGAUGCUUACUGUAUUCAAUUGUUUUGGAAGACAGUUCUGCUUGCAUUUUGAGGCUUUCCAACUGGGCAUGGCACCUGUCUAUAUGGCCUUCUUAAGGUUUAUGGGUGAUGAUAAUGAAGCAAAGAAAUUCAGUUACAGCUUAGAAGUCGGUGGGAAUGGCCGUAAACUGGUAUGGCAAGGAAUUCCCAGGAGCAUCCGUGACAGUCACAGGAAAGUUCGUGACAGCCAGGAUGGGCUCAUUAUUCAAAGGAAUUUGGCACUCUACUUUUCUGGUGGGGACAGGCAAGAGUUGAAGUUGAGGGUUACUGGUCGUGUAUGGAAAGAAGAAUGA